UUCUCCGGCGGAGGAGGGAGGAUCAUCCGUGGCGUCUCGCGUUUAAACCGAGCGCGAGGACAUGGGUGCGCAGCCGUGAUUUAUCCCACAACGCGUUUACCGAGCGCGGGCGCACACCGACUGUCACUUGCUGUCACUAAUCAGACAGUGAUUUUUUAAAGCAAGCUUAAAAUAAUACAUAAAACAUUGUCAUUUCUCACUUUGCCGUGUUCGGGACCGAGGUGAAUCAUGGACCAGGACAAGUACCUGCCCGAGCUUCUGGCUGAGAAAGAAAGCUUGGAUCCGUCGUUCGUGCACGCGAUGCGCCUUCUGGCUGAAGAAAUCGAAAAGUACGAAGGGGACGAGCUCAGGAAAGACGGCGAGGUGAAGAAAUACCUGGAUGUCAUCAGCAACAAAAACAUCAAGCUGUCAGAGAGAGUGCUUAUUCCUGUGCAGCAGUACCCGAAGUUUAAUUUUGUUGGGAAACUGCUGGGGCCCCGGGGCAAUUCCAUGAAGAGAUUACAAGAGGAAACUGGAGCGAAGAUGUCCAUCCUUGGCAAGGGCUCAAUGAGAGAUAAAGACAAGGAAGAAGAGCUGAGGAAAAGUGGGGAGGCAAAAUACGCCCAUUUGAACAACGAUCUUCAUGUUUUAAUUGAAGUCUUCGCACCACCUGGAGAGGCGUAUUCCCGCAUGAGCCAUGCCUUGGAGGAAAUUAAAAAAUUCCUGGUUCCUGAUUACAAUGAUGAGAUCAGACAAGAGCAGCUGCGUGAGCUGUCCUAUCUAAACGGCUCUGAUGACCCAAGCAGAGGAAGAAGUGUCAGAGGACGUGGCAUACGGCUCACCUCCACAACUGCUACACGGGGUCGAGGAGGAGCAGUGCCACCUCCUCCACCAGGCAGAGGAGCCGUAGUACCCAGGGGAACUGUGGGAACACGUGCGUCUCUGCCCACUACCAUGCUAACUAGAGGAGUGUCAACACCACGGGCCAGAGGAACAGCAGGGAAUCCUGGAUACAGAGCACCUCUGCUGCAGGCCACACACAAAAGCUAUGAUGACUAUGGUUAUGAUGAUGGAUAUGAUGGGGAAUAUGACGAACAGGGUUAUGAGGCCUAUGAUGAUGGUUACAGCAAUCAGUCCAAAAGCGGUUCAGAAUAUUACGAAUACGGCCAUGGAACCAAUGACGAUACCUACAACAAUUACGCUGAAGAGGAGUGGACUCAGCCACGGCCGAGCCUCAAAGCUCCAACUGCAAGACUUUCACGAGGGGGCUACAGAGAUCACCCCUAUGGUAGAUUCUAAAGGUGCUUCACAUCAGUGAUCUCCCCUACCAGGCAUCUUUAUGUAAUAAUCUAAAAAACAAAAAAAAAAUUAAUUAUAAAAUAAAAAAAUGUAUUAGCUCAAAAUCUAACCCUAACCAAGAAGCGAGAGACUGCAUACAGCAUAUGGUUUUGAUAAUUUAUUCAUACAUCUAAGAAACACAAACAGAUCUUACAUUAAACAACAAAAAAUAGACUUCCAUUUGAAUGCUGCUUCCCUUUAGUUGUCUAUUGUUUGCUCCCCUGAACCUAAAGCAUGGAGUUACGUGGCUAACCUAAAAUGAGGCUUCCUUGUUCUUGGCUACCAUUUCACCAAGGCAACCGUUGAGUGUUAGACCCUUCCCCCUUCCCCUCCCCCCAUAUUGUACAUAACAUCUUUCUUAAUACGUCUUGAUUUGAUGACGGUAAAUACUGAGUUUGUAUAUUUUGAUUUUGAUAUCGGUACUGGGAUUGAAAGCAAUCAGCUAUGUAUGUAGCUACCUACAAGUGAUCUGCUGUGUGUUUAGCCUGUAUUUGUACAUAAAUAUGUAAUAAAAAGGACAUAAAUCACCUUGUGUAAUCUUCUCUAAAUAGGUGGCCAUAAUUGUUACUUUUUUUCUUGCCAUAAUUUGUUAAUAGAGCAUCAUUUUCUUCUUUUUUGGUAAAAUUAGAUAAGCACAUACAUGUUUUUAAGUAAUAAAUGCCUGUUUUAGUUCAGGAAAUUGCUAAUAUGUUCUUUGUUUAUUUUAUACUUAAAGAACAGCAGCAAAAAAGUAACUUUAGACAAGUUGUGAAGACAUUUUGUGUAACAAUAGAUAAGCAUUAAUACAAUUACAACUUUGUUAAAUAAUUUUAACUCUAGUUCUAAAUUGUUCAUUGAAUAUUGA